AUGGCGCGACGGAGAUCUCAGAGUGAUGAUAUAUCACAGAACAAUGGCGACGAGCUCCAGAGAAUCUCUUUUGAGAAUGUCGUGCGCGAGAAGGGUAAAUUGGAGGAGGCGGCAGUUGAACCGGUAGUUGUGAGGGUCGAGACUCGAUUCUCGGAAAAGGAGGUGACAAUACGACAAGUAGCACCUAUGGUCAUUGUUCUAACGGGUGCUACAUUUCUUGUUACAAUUGCUGCUCAGUCAGUCAUUAUCAUUUUACCUGAAAUCUCUCGGGAUCUUGAUAUUCCUCAGGCUCGACAGCAAUGGGUGGUAUCUUCAUAUGCGUUGACGUCUGGCUCAUUUCUACUCUUGUGGGGUAAACUUGGGGAUGUUUAUGGCAGGAAAUUGCUAUUCAUUCUAGGUGCGAUUUUCACGGCUGCUACUUGUGUUGGGACCGCGUUCUCUCCGGUUGAGAUUUGCUUGUAUGUGAUGCGGGCGUUGCAUGGACUAGCUUCUGCUGUUACUAUCCCUACAGCAAUUGGUAUUAUAGGACAUACCAUUCCACCUGGACGAGUGAAGAACUACAGCUUCGCGUUCUAUUCUGGUGGUGCCCCAAUGGGUCAAGUUUUGGGAAAUCUCUUAGGUGGAAUUAUCUCUCAAUGGGCGAGUUGGAAAGUUGUCUUCUUUGUGAUAGCUGGUGCUUCUCUUACUAUCGCCGUAAGUGCAAUAAUUGUGGUUCCAAAUGAGCCGCCUAGAGGCGAUGACGAAGAUACAAUGCGUGCCUCGGGAAUUGAUUGGAUUGGUGCUUUCCUAUUCACUGCAGGUCUAUUAUUAUUACUCGUUGGUUUAUCACAAGGGGGAUCAUCUGGAUGGGAGGCGGCUUCGGUCAUUGCGAUCAUAGUUAUUUCUGGAUGCUUACUCAUAGGAUUUGUUCUCUGGGAACAUGAUCGUGAGACAAAGACCACAAAAGAGCCACUAAUGAGAGUGUCGACGUUUAGACAUAAGCAAUUCUCCAUCGCUAUGAUUAUUAUCACUUUAUUCUCGGCUGGCUUCACCAAUUUCUGCCUAUAUACCACUUACUACUACCAAGAUUUCCAACUUCUUGAUCCCAUACAAACUGCUCUCCGGUACAUUCCACUAGGUGUGGUUGGUAUACUCACGACUUUUGGAUCCGGAUACCUACUCGCUCGAAUCAAUGGCGAUUACAUCCUCAGCUUCGGUCUCGGCUCCGCAAUGAUUGCCAAUCUUCUGUUUGCUGUACCAAUACCUCCCAGUACAUCAUAUUUCGCCUUCGGCUUACCAGCAAUGUCACUUGCAGCCUUCGGUGCUGAUACAGUCUACCCAUGUCUCGGUUUAUUCACAACUCAAUCACUUCCUCGCAAGGAUCAAUCAGUCGCCGGAGCUAUGUUUCAGACUAUGGCAGCCAUUGGACGAGCCAUGCCAUUACCCAUCACAUCGGCAAUUCAGCAGUCUGUACAAUCAAAACAGUUGAAGCAAGGGAAAUCGCAGCUGCAAGCAUUCUUGUAUGGGCUAAGGGCUGUGGAAUGGUUCUGUGUGGGUUGUAUGGCAGCAUCACUGGCUUUGACUAUUGUCGGGCUCAGAAAUAUUGGAAAGAUUGGGAUGUUGAAGAAGUUAGGGACAGUACAGCCGAAGCCAGAGGAAGUUCGGGAGGGGAAGGAUGGUGAGGUAUAA